AUGGCAUUGAUUGAACAAUUGCAACGGAGGGUAGUAGAAAUGGGGCUAGUCCCAAAAAUCAUAGCUCUUUUACCCCUAGUUUCUAUGAUAUGUGCCAUGAUUAGUUCACUUUGGCUGGCGACGCUUCCGAUAGAGGGUCAAUUCAGGCGUACUUAUAUUUCAGAGAAUGCAUUGAUGCCAUCACAAGCUUAUUCUUAUUUUAGAGAAAGUGAAUGGAAUAUCUUGAGAGGUUACAGGUCUCAAAUUGAGCAUUUUGGUGAGAUCAGCAAUAAUGAGAGAAAUGAACAGAUGGCAGAAUGGUUACAAGAGUUUGGAGCCAAGACUUCCAUAUACAACAAUGAGGAAUACGGAGAUUCACUCUAUGGGAUUUUACAUGCUGAAAGGGGUGACGGUACUGAAGCGAUCCUUUUGGCUGUUCCAUGGUACAAUGCUGAGGGGGAUUUGAAUGUUGGUGGUGCCUCUCUAGGUAUAUCACUUUCGAGAUUCUUUUCACGUUGGCCAGUGUGGUCCAAAAAUAUUAUCAUAGUAUUUAGUGAGAAUCCCAACGUGGCUUUGAGAUCUUGGGUACAGGCAUACCACACGUCACUGGAUCUUACUGGUGGAUCGAUUGAAGCUGCAAUAGUGUUAGACUAUCCUGGCACAAACGAUUAUUUUGAUUACGCCGAAAUCAGUUAUGGUGGAUUAAACGGUGAACUGCCCAACUUAGACCUUGUUAACAUUGCCGUUUCUAUCACUGAACAUGAAGGUGUCCAUGUGUCACUACAUGGUAUGACGCCUGAGUCCAUCAAUGAUGAAUCUUAUUGGUCUCGUCUCAAGAUUUUGCUUUGUGGUAUCUACCGUGAUGCAUUCGCAGGGUUGGAACCACUACAAGGCAAUGAAGCUUUCAGCGGCUGGAGAAUUCAAUCUGUGACCAUUAAGGCACAUGGUAAAGAGGGAGGAAACAAUGACAUUACAACUUUUGGUCGUAUUCCAGAAGCAAUGUUCAGAUCCAUAAACAAUCUUUUAGAAAAAUUCCACCAGUCCUAUUUCUUCUACAUGCUAGUUGCUCCUCGUUAUUUCGUAUCCAUCAGUAGUUAUCUACCCGCAACUGUUGUCCUCACUGCUGGUUUUGCAUUAGCAUCUUUGAACUCUUUGCUCGCUAACCAAUACAGCAAUUUAUCGUUCUACUCUCACUACAAUUUAAAGGCCCUACUGUUUUGGUUAGUUAGCAUAUUGGUAUCCUUUGUGUUUUCGCAAUUGUUCCUCUACGUUCCCUCAACAAUUCUCUUAGUGGCUUUUAUUGUGGUCAUGUUAUUGCUCCCAUUAGCGGCUGGAAGAUUAUGGACUAUUACAGAGCCGCUGUCCCAUAGAUUACAGAUGUAUGCAUUCCUCUACAUGAGUCUUGUGGUAACUUCCUUAAUGAUGGUCAAUUUCACCCUAGCAUUUGUGGUUGGUAUUCUAGCAUUCCCCAUGACUGCUGUGGGCACUCAGAGAAGUUUGACUUUUAAGAAGUAUGCGCUUCUAAUCAUCUCCAAUCCGUUAGUUUCCUUCUUCAUCGUAAAACCACAUCCUCAAUUGUUACAAAAGUUGAUAUCAGCAUGGCAAGAUUUAGGAUGCUGGACCUGGUUCGUAUUAUGUCUAGGUUGGUUGCCCAGCUGGACCCUGAUAGCAUUAUCGGCUUGUAGUAGCACAAACUUGGACCCUGUGGCUACAUCAAAGAAGGAACAGUAA